AACUGAAGAAGUUCAGAACUCGUUAACCGUUGGCCAAGAAUGCGUGGCCUCCUCAUCCUCGGCUCCGCCUCCUCCUCCUCCUCUUCCUCCAGCUCCAUUGCCGGACGUUGCUCCCGCCGCCCUAGCCACUCCAAGGCCCUAAAAUCCUCGCUUUCCAACGUAUUUCCCACUGGAACGCACUCACCGUUUUCUUCUCGUCCUUCCACUAUCCAUUCCCGUUCUCCUCUUCUGUCCUCUGUCCAAUGGGACAUUGCCGGCGCCUCAUCCGGCGGGAAAACUUCUCUCCGUCAUUACGCUGACGUCGCAUCGAAACUUGCCGAGCGCGGGAAGCUUGACGAUUUUGCGAUGGUGGUGGAAAGUGUGGUCGUCGCUGGUGUUGAGCCCUCGCAAUUCGCUGCGGUGUUGGCUGUUGAGCUUGUGGCCAAGGGGAUUUCGCGGUGUCUUAGAGAAGGGAAUCUUUGGAAUGUCGUGCAGGUUUUGAGGAAGGUCGAGGAGCUUGGGAUUUCGGCUGUGGGACUAUGCGAUGAGUCGGCUGUAGAGUCGCUGAGGAGAGAAUGCCGUCGAAUUUCCAAGUCCGGAGACUUAGAGGAGCUCGUCGAAUUCAUGGAGGUUCUUUCCGGUUUUGGUUUCUCAAUCAAAGAAAUGAUGAAGCCGUCCGAAGUAAUAAAACUGUGUGUUGAUGCCCGUAAUCCAAAAAUGGCAAUUAGGUAUGCUAGCAUCUUACCACAAGCAGAUAUAUUGUUCUGUACAGUUAUAAAUGAAUUUGGCAAGAAAAGGGACUUGAAAUCUGCUUUCAUGGCAUAUACAGAAUCCAAGGCUCAUAUGAAUGGUCCUAAUAUGUAUAUCUACCGCUCAAUAAUUGAUGUCUGUGGUCUCUGUGGUGACUACAAGAAAUCGAGGAACAUCUAUCAUCAGGAUUUGCUCAGUCAGAAUGUCACCCCGAAUGUAUACGUUUUCAACAGUCUCAUGAAUGUAAACGCCCAUGAUUUGAACUACAUCUUUCAAUUGUACAAAAAUAUGCAGAAUCUUGGUGUACCAGCUGAUAUGGCCUCAUAUAAUAUCCUUCUCAAGGCCUGUUGCCUAGCAGGAAGAGUUGAUCUGGCACAGGACAUUUACAGGGAAGUAAAGCAUUUGGAAACAACAGGUGUGUUGAAGUUGGAUGUCUUCACCUACAGCACAAUUGUAAAGGUUUUUGCAGAUGCGAAAUUAUGGAAAAUGGCGCUCAGAGUCAAAGAAGACAUGCAAUCAGCUGGAGUAUCACCAAAUAUGGUGACCUGGUCUUCAUUGAUCAGUUCAUGUGCUAAUUCGGGUCUUGUUGAGUUGGCAAUCGAAUUGUUCGAAGAGAUGGUUUCAGCAGGAUGUGAACCUAAUACACAGUGUUGUAAUAUUCUUUUACAUGCUUGUGUCGAAGCUCGCCAGUUUGAUAGAGCUUUUCGUCUAUUUCGCUCCUGGAAGGAAAAGGAACUCUGGGAUAAUAUAGAGAGAAAAAACAGCACCGAUGACAAUUUGAAUGCUGAUCCAACAUCUCAACUGUGUAUUACUAAUAUGCCUAACGCUCAAUCUCAUGUACAUCAAAUCAAGUUUGCUGGGAAUUUUGCUUUCAAACCUACAAUUACAACCUAUAAUAUUCUAAUGAAAGCUUGUGGUACUGAUUAUUACCAUGCUAAAGCUUUGAUGGAGGAGAUGAAAAGUGUUGGCCUUACACCCAAUCACAUUAGCUGGUCAAUUUUGAUUGACAUAUGUGGAGGAUCUCGUGACGUGAAAAGUGCUGUGCAGAUCUUGACAACCAUGCGUAUGGCUGGAGUUGAUCCUGAUGUUGUUGCAUACACGACGGCUAUCAAGGUUUGCGUUGGAUGUAAAAACUGGAGGCUGGCAUUUUCAUUAUUUGAAGAAAUGAAAAGAUUUGAGAUACAGCCAAAUUUAGUGACCUACAGUACACUUCUGAGAGCCCGCAGUACUUAUGGCUCAUUACACGAAGUACAGCAAUGCCUUGCUAUUUACCAGGACAUGAGGAAAUCAGGGUUCAAAUCCGACGACCAUUAUCUCAAGGAGUUGAUUGCAGAAUGGUGUGAAGGAGUUCUACAGAAUAACAAUCAGCAGCAAGAGGAGGCGACAGCACCCUGUAAUAGAACCGACAUCGGGAAACCACGAUGUUUAAUUCUUGAAAAAGUUGCUGAGCAUCUGCAGAAGAGUUUUACCGAAAGCCUAGCGAUUGACCUGCAAGAGCUCACAAAGGUCGAAGCCCGUAUCGUCGUUCUCGCAGUUUUGCGAAUGAUCAAGGAGAAUUAUGCAUUAGGAGAAUCAGUAAAAGAUGAUAUAUUCAUCAUUUUAGGAGUGAGUAAAGUUGAACCAGAGUUAGUUGCACAAAACUUUGAAGUGCGAGAUGCAAUAACCAAACUCUUGCAAUACGAGUUGGGGCUUGAAGUUCUUCCGGCAGGACCUACAACUGCUCUUGAUGAAGUGGCUGGUUCAGAAAGCUCUAACAUGUCGCUUACAAAACUGAAUGGAAUUAUGGGAAGGAAUAAGUACACCACUAGGAAACCAGCAGCUGUACAGAGGCUUAAGGUUACAAAGAAAUCACUGAAAGACUGGCUGCAAAGAAAUAGGGAUAUAAUAGAAUAUCGGUGAUCAAUACCUAAGAAUGAUUCUUUUUGUUAAUGAUAUAAUGAUAAUGUGCUGUAUCUUGUAAUUACCUUUUAUGAAGUAAAGUCUAUAUAUGAUAAAAGGAAGUUGGGAAGAAA